GUUACCUUAUACCACAACAUAUGUGUAACAUUAUUUUGUUAUUAAUGAAAAUAUUCUCCGUGUGAGUGCGCAGUUAACGUUAGUCACUCUAUCAAGGAACUCUAGUUGGAUUUAUAGACACUGGAAAUAAGGAACAUGAAUCUUCAUAUAAAAUUUUCAACUGCCUUGCUAAUGAUAACCGUAGCAACGGUUUAUUCUAGAGUUCCACUGCCACCCAACAGUUUCCAAGCCUUUAGAAGGCAGGCAAUCAUCCAACAUCAACCCAUUAUACACCAUCAGACAAUUAUACAACAUCCAUCAGUUCUUACUCGUUCCCAGGCACAGACCUCAACACAAGGUCAAACAAAUAGAAGUUCAAAGAAAACAAACGGUACUACAACAGCAACAACUGCUACUACCACUACCACUACGGAACCACCAGAAGUGGAUGAUGACUUUUUGCCACCACAGCAAAGGUCAAGGACACGACCUACAUACAUCAACUAUGAUUAUUAUUACAACUAUAAUGAUGCACCGACAACAAAUGGAUACGAUUAUUUUGGUCUAGGGUUCGGAUUUAAUGGCGCUGUUGUUUCGGGCGGUGUGUCGAGAGAAGUAGACUACGACUAUAACCCUCCAGCCACACAACCACCGCAUCGAACACAAAACCCUCGACCAACACAAGCAACAAAAUCAACAAGCACGACAACAACAGCUACGACAACAAAAUCACAGACAACAACGGCAGAAACACCCGAACCAGACGAUGAUAUGAUUACUAAUCCAGCUACCGUAAAGUCUGGGGCACCUAUCCAAGAAACUUACACCGGAUAUUGCUUUUGUUCUCCUUUAAAAUACUGUCCAGUCGACUCAAUACCUCGCGGAGGGCUGUGCCAUAAUUUCUUGGCAUAUUUCACUAAUCUUAGAUUUAUACGCUGUUGUUACAGCCCAAGUGUAGCCAGAAGCCUGCAGUUGUGAAUUGUCGCUAUAAGUAGGAAAUGUGUACUUACUGUCUUUCGUCAAACUCAUUCUUUUUUCUUCAAAGUGGCUGUAAUGGCUGAAAACCAUGUAUCAUCUUGAUUUAUCAUGCAGUUUUUUAAACUGCGGUUUUGAGUUGAAUUGUAAUUUCAGCAGAUUUCAGACACCCAGUCAUAUAAGUUUACAGACUGAAAAAUCUUUAAAGUUAUGGAUUAUCCGUAUCUGUAAAAACUCAGAUAUCCUUACACCUUCAGUCGGUAAUUGCCCUUUCUCAGGAACUUUUUCUGACAACUCUUCUGGCUGUAAUUUUUUUUAUUUCAGGACUAUUAUUGAUUUUGUGUACUUGGUCUGUAAACAUUACCACAAAUAUACCGUAUUUUCUAACAUACAGAUGAUAUAAAUUUGUUUGUUUCAAUGUAAGGUCGAAAUAUCUUUUACCAAGUGGACACCAGAAGCAAUAUUUCCAGAUACAAAACUUUGAUAUCUGUUGUUCACGACUGAAAGAUAUUUCGAUCUUGUCGCUGUUGGCCUUCUAAUGCUUUCAUUUCGCUAUGUCUGUUUCUGGAAAACUAACUUUCAUUAGAUAAGUAAAUGAUUUAUUACCUACAUUUAUUUCAUGGUUUUUCAGUAAUACUGGGGAAAAAAGGUUGAAUAAUCCUUUGACAUUCUUAAUAAUUGAAUGAAUGUAGCAGCAUGUUCCGUAUUUAAUGUAUGACACUCUGUUUCUACAGGUACGUAUGUUCAGUUUAAAACUAUGACUGAAUAAGUUUGUAGAUGAAAACAAAUUGAUUCACGGAGGGCCUAAAUUGGAUCCGACCUUGCAAAAUCCACGAGAGCCGAUUACAAAAUCCCAGAUCUAGCUACUGUUGUAUA